AUGGGAGAACCAAUUCCUGCGGGAGCAGACGCAGUGGUACCAUUGGAAGAUACUUCAGUUGUUGAAUAUUCGAUUGAUGGUUCUGAAGUAAUUAAGGUGAAAAUCAAAAGAACACCCGACUACAAUGAAAACAUAAGAGGAAUCGGAAGCGACGUAUCGAAGAAUUCUUUGGUUUUACAAAAAGGCGAACGUAUCAAACAUUUCUCUCUUGGAGUUUUAGCCAUGUUAGGAAAAACAAAUAUUUUGGUUUAUAAACGCCCUUCUAUAGGAGUCAUAUCAAUUGGAAAUAAUAUUUGUGAACCUAAAGAAAAACUAGCCCCUGGCAAAAUCAGAGAUGCAAAUAGAUUCACCUUAAUUAAUUUGCUUAAAAAUUACCGUUAUAAAUCAAACGAUUGUGGUAUAGCUAAAGACAAUCCUGAUGCAAUAAAGCAAGCUCUUGAACAAAGUUUUACUUGUAACGAUGUUAUUAUUAUAAGCAGUGCAAUGGGAGAAUUGGACAUGUUGAAACGGGUCCUCGUUGAGGAUUUUCAAGCUACUAUAAAUUUUUGCAGGAUAAAGAUGAAACCCGGAAAAUACACGACCUUUGCGACACUUAUGUAUAAUGAAACAUGGAAAAUGGUGUUUGGCCUAACGGGUUAUCCAUCUUCCUGUGCAAUAAUUUGUAUAAUAUUCGUUAUUCCUGCUCUACGCUUCAUGGAAAAAUCUCCUUACGACGGUUUUGUACCUAUUUCUGUGCCACCAAAUUCAUUUAAUAUACGUUCAUUGCCAUAUAAUAAUGAUGAUUGUCCAGAGUAUCGACUAGUUAAAGUAACUAGAAAUUUGACUGGAAUGACAACUGCAAAGGAAGUACCAGGCGUAUUAAGUAAUUUAGAUAAAGCAAACGGUUUACUUAUAAUUGAGCCAAAAAAAAAAUACUCAAGUAAAGAUUCAAAUGGAGACUAUCUCUAUAGUUACAAUGUAAUAUUAUUUCAUGAGAAUUAUUAUCAGUGA